AUGGACUCUUCAUUCAAGCAGUUGUUCAUCAAACUGGCUGGAGUUGUAAGUGUUAAUUAAUAUUGUUAUUAACAACUGCAUCGCUCAAAUGGAGGUUGGGUGCCUGGAGUAUCCAGGGGCUUCCACUGUUGCAGUUACUGAAAGGAAUUAAAUAGCACCUGUUUGGUUGUGUCAGUGAUGAACUCUAGUGCUAAUGAUGAUUUUUCCUUUAGGACAGAGAGAUUGAUGCAUUUGAACUGCAGCAGAUCCUUUCAACUGCUACAAAGAAAGGUACAUUGUGAAAACGUGCAAUGAGUUGAAUGCAUGGCAGAUUAAGAUUCUUUAUCAGCCCAAUUUAAACUGGUGGGGGGCUUGAAAACUUGUGCCACAGAUGCAAGUUUGUUGGGGGGGGGGGGCGGGGGGGACUGGAGGCAUCCUCCCCCAGAAAAUAUUUUGAAAUCUUCGAGGCUCAGAAAUGGUAUGUUCAUAAUAGGCUAUGUUUUGUGUUCAGUUUGAUUGGCCUAUAUACAUGCAAAUAAUGGGACUACUUGUAUUGUGUGUCCCUUCUAGAGUAUCUAACAAACAACAACCCGCUGUGGCCCUAAAGGUUGUUAUAGUCUUAGAAUAAUAUUAUACUACUUUAGUAAGUUACAUGUGGCUGUUAUUUCCAACUUCUCUUCUUAGUUACAAAAUAAUGUAUAAGGUUUUUGUCCUUUUCAUUGAUUCACAAGAGUUGACUUUUAUAUUACUUAUAUUUCCAGUGCUUAGAGACAAGGAAUUUAGCUUAGAAGCUUGCAGGUUAGUUUCUUACAGUAAAAUGUUACAUGGCCUCAUAUAGUCAGAUAACAUUAUGGUCUGCAUGUAAAAUGAUUAUAUGUUACAUGGCGUGGGGCACACAAGUAUAAAAAGGCUGAAGGGAGGGGGGGGGGGGUGAGGGGGUUGGAAAGUUCCAUUAUUUUUUGGCUUCAUGCCCUCAAAGGCCUCUAUAAGGCAUCAUGACAGUUCCAUGCACUACCAACCCACAAAAUUUCACCCCCAAAAGGUACAGGGAGUGCCCCUAUCUUUUAUGGAGACCUAAACCGGCCUCUGGGAUAUGCAAAGUGCCUUUUGCUAACUACCCUUCUAAACAUGCAGCAGCUUAUGUGUCAAUUGAAGUUUAAACAGAUCCACAUUGAGAUUGCAGUUUAAAAAUAGAGUAGCAAAAAAUCAAAAGGAUGUUUUUAUGAAAGGAGAAAAACCUGUGAUGCUGCUUUUCUUCUGUAAAAGAUGCUUCCACAAAUCACUUUGAAGCACAGACUGCAGAGAGCAUAGAUUCGGGGUUCAAUUUUUGUUACCAUUUUUGAUUAUCCAAAAUAACACUGUGCUAUUUUUUAAGUAGAAAAUAAAAUUCUUUUAAUUUUUCCAUUUCUUGGUCAGCUUUAACCACAAACUACAGCUGACUCUCUCUGAAUGGACACCUUUAUAACAUGGACACCUCUGUAAAACGGACAGCAAGGGUUGGUCCCUGCCUUUGUUUACUCCCUUAAUUUGACUCUCUUUAAGACAGACACUUGGUGCCUGAGAGAGCUAACUGUAGCCAAUUUUUGCAUGCCUGUCUUUUGUCUGUUUCUCUUUUUAACACUUGUCUGUUGUCUUUUUUAAUACUUUCAGGAGCAUCAUAGAUCUUAAGGAUGUAUCUUUUAGUGAUAAACGCUUUCCUUAAAAAUUUAGAGCAUAGCAACUAUCUUUUGUUUAUAAGAACAAUCAAUAUGAAAUACUUACCAGUACAUGUGUAUGUACCCACCAGCAGGUAUUGGCUUUGUUUUCAAAUUACCGUCAUUAUUUCCUCUGAGGGUCAUUUUUGAUCUAGUAGAAAUGUUGAACAGAUGAACCUCCAUGUGCAACCACCUCUCGCAAGCGACCACCAAUCCAAAACCACCAACAUUUUCCAGGUCAAUGCUUAACAGUUGGAACCUCUUGUAAGGGACUACAACCAUUUUUGGGGGUUGACGGUUAAAUGAUUUUCCAUUUUUUUCCUCGUAAUAGGCCACUUCUGAGUUCCCCAAACCCUCACUUUCAGAAUGAGCCCAAGUGCACAACCUUUCUUGUUAAAAUGUGUUUAAUUUGCAUGAGAAUGAAAAAUCAUUUCCAUCAAUCAAAGGCAGAGCACUCAACCUCGUUUUGAUACACAGGCCGGGCAAACUCAGAAAUGGCCUGUUAAAUAAAUUUGUCUUUGUAAAACCUACCAAUACCAGGUGCCCAAAUGUUGGGUUUUGCUCUUGUGAUUUGUUUGCAUGAUAGCAAAAAGAUUAGGUAUUGUUUUGGUAUAUCCUUAACAGUAUUUAGGAUGACAAGACUGGAAAGCUAGAUUAUGACGAAUUUAAGGAAGUGUGGCAAAUGGUUAAAGAUUUGCUGGUGAGGAAGCACUUUUCAUAUUUUUAGAGGUCAUGCUUCUGAUCACAGAGGGACUUCGAGAAUGAGAACAUUUUGUAAUCAUUAUAUGACAGGGGCUGUCUUUACUUCACAGAAAAUUUUCGCCGAGCAUGACAAAGAUAACAGUGGAACCAUGGACAUGUAUGAGAUGCGCAGUGCACUGUCAAAACAGGGUAAAGUUUCUUUGAUUUUUGCCAUCAAGGUGCCUGUGCUGGUCCUUUCAUGUGCGGCUUGGAUUUCACGAUAAACUUGUCAUGCUGUUUGCUAUGCAGUGCAAGUUAGUUCCAUGUUUCAAGUGUGAAUAAAUUGCUUAUAUGUGAUGAUUUACAUGAAAAACAUGGUGACGUGCUUUCAUGUGAUCCUGUUUAUAGUUAUGUCAUCCUUGGCCUCUACACACCCUGAAUGAGUAGACGAAAAUCUACAUUAUAUAAUCUCACCAUUUAAAAUAAAACCUCUUCAUCAGUACUUUACGAAAUUAAAUUGUGAAGGAGGGAAAGGGGGGGCGUUCUUUUAAACUCUCUUUUCUCAAAAAGCAUAGCUAAGUCACCCCCCUCCCCCCAAGGGCUAUUUAUGUAUACAUGCACAUAAUGAGUCGUUAAUAGUGUCAAGGAGACAAACUGACGUCCCAUUUUUUACUGACUUCUAUAAAAAUCUCUUAGGUAUUAACCUCAGCGAUGCGACUUUAAAUGCCAUGGCUUCCCGCUUCAACAACAAGAAAGGAAAUUUGUCCUUUGAUGACUUCCUGCAAAUUGUCUGUCGUAUUUACUCUCUGAAAGGUGUGAACCACUAUCUUGUUAUGUGAUGGUUAUUGCUCUCUCUGUCAUCUCCCCUGGGCCAGGGGGUCUGGUAGCUUGAGAAAACAGUCGACAUUUCACGACGUCACCACUGGUUUGCUCGCGAAAUGACGUCUGAGAAACGAGCGCAGAAAAUCCAUUUUGAUGACACGUCAUUACGUGGGUGGUGUUUCUGAUUGGUUGAAACAAAUUGUCAGCCAAUCAGAAGCACUACUGGGUAGUGACGUCAUCAUUAUGGAAUUCCUGCAUUCGUUUCUCGGACGCCAUUUCUUGGGGAAACCACAGUGGUGGCGUCGCUAAAUGUCGGCUGCUUUCUCAGGCUUGGUGUCUGGUGGGUUGCGCUAAUAUCGUACUUGGAUGCAUUGUUGACAAUAUGUUGGUUUUACAUAUAUUAGUCACUAUGAAACCUAGCGUUGGCAAAGAGAUUUUGCUAAAUAGCAAAAUCGUCUUCAGUACUAACAAAUCUUUCUCCCUCUUAAAAUAUCUAGGAUAAAAUUAAAAAGCGUCCUUUGGCCCCAGGGUAUUGUCUCGGUAGAGUUUUAAUUCAGCGUUCUAAAAUCAAAGAUAAAGUUCGAAAAAGUGACUGGUUAACUAAUGUUCAAAUCUUUCACACUUAAACUUCUUCAGUUUCGUUCAACCGUGCGUACCUUUAUAUUUCCUGUGUUACUUAAAUGUGUCUUAACUAUUUUAUAAUCGAUUUUUUAUACAUUAGUUCACUCAAGUCAAUGCAAUGGCUAGUUACUUAUGCCGAGUUUUCCGCCUUCAAAGCGAGCUCGAGAAUGUGCCAUUUCUUCAGCGGAGGUUUUUAGUUAUUUGUAAUGGGUUUAUUGUUUUGCCUUGUUUAGAUAACUUUGAUCGUUACGCGGACAGAACUGGGACAGCCAAGUUUUCGUUGGACGACGUAAGUGAAAAAAAAAAAACAACAACAACAACAACAACAAAAACAGAAGUGUUAUUUUAAGUUGACCCUUUUUUUGCAUCCUUAUUGUUUCUUAUCCUUUAUUCUUUGGAGUGCUCCAGUGGACGUUCGUUUAAAGAUGGUGCGUGGUACGUGAUGCGUAGUCUUUUGGUCUGUGGACAAUUUAUCAUGUUCCAGCCUCUAAUUUCUGAUAUCUAGGUCACUUUCUUAUCAAGCUGAGAAAAUAUCAAAAAGCACUGCAUAGUGAUCUAUCACUGAAAAUUUGAGCCUGCUGUACUGGAACCUCGAUCAGAACACAUUGCGAAUGUUGAGAAUGGAAGAUGUAGUAUUUGAUUUUUUGGUGGAUUUAAUCCUUUAAUGUGACCAUUCAAAUGAAGUUUAAAAUGCUGCGUGCGUGAAUCUGUUUCGUAUUUCAUCGUUUCAUUCAUCAUUCGUGCUUUUUGCCUUUCAGUACCUUCGCGCCUGUGUUACUCUGUAA